AAUUUACUUUUAUUAUUCGCUCAAACAAACACACUUUUAAAUCACUUUAUUUACUACUAACAAUUCGCAACACUUUAUUUCACUUUGUACUGUACUCUUUCACUUUCAAGGUUAAACUGUAUCCGGUCGGUGUCUACGUUGCCCUUUUAUACCGGAAUCUCGAGACUCGAGAACGUCCUCGAAGGCUCUCGUCCCUGCCUCUCGAAACUUCCUUUCCAGGAAGGGGCACUUCAUACUUCCAGUCUAGUGGGAUAUUUUUAGAUGUGUUCAGUGGGAUAUUUUUAGAUGUGUUCAGUGGGAUAUUUUGAGAUGUGUUCAGUGGAAUAUUUUCUUAAUUACUAAAGGUCCGUUCACAUUUCUACCUUUGCAGUAGUAGGUAGUGUGUUCAGGCUUUUAUCUUAAAAGUAGUUCAGUAAUUCAUCGUUACAAUAUAUAAUUUAAAGGCUUUCAAUACUUUAUAAGACUUAUGUCCUACAUUGUAAGCAAUUUUGAAAUAAAUAAAUAUGAUAAUAUGAAAAUAUAUGACCACGCGCGUCCUCUAACAUUACGUCUAGCUCGAGGACGAAACCCUAAAUUUACCAAGGCCUACAUCGCGCUAUUCAUUUGUUUCUCAACAAAGAGGGUCAAAGGCUAUACAUAUAGAGUUGGUUAGUGACCUCUCUUCAAACGCCUUUAUCGCUGCAUUUGAUCGUGGUAAACCGUCGGAAAUUUGGAGCGAUAAUGGAACAAAUUUCCAUGUAGCUAAUCGGUGUCUCAACGAAAUGUUCCAGCUACUUCUGAGUCAGCAGCACAACGAUAUCAUCAUUGAUCAUCUUUCCAAAGACAAAAUUUCGUGGAAAAGGAAAUUUAUCCCCCCUUCUCCACUUCACUUUGGUGGACUGUGGGAGGCGGGGGUGAAAUCUACAAAACUUCACUUGAAUCGAGUAAUCAAGGAUCAUCGGCUGACCUAUGAGGAGAUGUUUACGCUGCUCACACAAAUCGAGGCACUUUUAAAUUUUCGACCUAUGUGGCCAACAUCGGAUAUGGAUCCAAUGCAUCCUUUUGUCUCUGAUCAAAACAUUUUUACUAAUUGGUCUCUUUUACAGUCUCUCAAACAAGGUUUUUGGAAACAGUGGCAUUCUGAAUAUUUAAAUUCGUUGCAACAACGUCCAAUAUGGCAAGGUGUCAAACCCGAUCUCAAACCUGGCGAUUGAGUCAUGUUAAAAGAUUCAAAUCUUCCACCAGCUAAAUGGGUACUUGAACGAGUGAAGGAUGUCCAUCCAAGCAAAGAUACACGAGUACAAGUUGCCACUAUUACCACACAAACCAAACUGGAGACUAUGUCAGACCAAUCGUUAAAAUCUCACCAUUACCUUUUUCUGAAAGAACUGGUUCUUUCAGGACCGGCUAGAUGUUUUAUAUUCAUCGUUAAAUUACUGUUUAUUAUUGUUUGAAUUCAUUAAUUUAUCAAUUUGCUUUAAUUCAAAAUAUUUUUGCUAUAUGUGCCACUUGGCACAAUUUGCAAAAUCAAAUGUUUACCUAACGGCCUAUGCCUAAUUUUUUUUAUUUGCAUUGAUGCUAAUAUUAACGUUUCUAUUCCCUUUUUUGUUAUUUGUUACUUAGUCAGCUAUUACACGGAGCCUCAAGAGGCUUGACUCUUUUUUCGAAUUUUCUUUUGAUAACACUGGUUAACAAGGGUUUUGUUGCCGAAACACCGAAGGUUUUCGAUAUGCUGAACUUGAAUCCGAAGUCAGAAAAAAUUGAUCAGCUCCCGUUUUUUGCAAUAUUACCGUUAGAAAAUGCAAAAACAUGUUUUUUGACUACUUCGGACCUUAUUCUUUAAUAUAAGGAAAAUUGUUAGAAGAUAUUUAGUAACGAUUUCUAUAAGAACCAUUUUCCUUCUUUCAAGAACUUUUUGUUAUUGCUUAUAUAAAAGAAUAAGGUCCGAAGUAGGAUUUUCUAACGGCAAUAUUUCAAAAACGGGAGCUGAUCAAUUUUUUUUUACUUCGGAUUCGAGUUCAGCACACCGAAAACCUUUAGAAAAGUAUAUUUUUGUUCCGGCAACAAAAAAAAGUUUAAUUUUGUUAACCAGUGUAAUCAUUCUGUGAGGCGCGUACUAUAAGACGAUGCCUCUUGAGUCGAGGACUCAAAUUUGUGAUUUCUCCUUUGAUUAAAAAUUUGUUGUUGUAUUGCACCAAGAAGUAAAAAGAAAUUAAACGGAAUGUUGAAAAAAGAAAAAGUGGAAAAAGAAACGUCAAAAAAGAGUCUCAGAAUUUCGACCCACGACUCUCCGGUCGGAUAAUUUUUGUUUUAUCUUUUUUCUCUUUUGCACUCAUUAGUUUUGAAAAGAGGUGCGCCUCUUGAGGUUUCGUGUAAUAGCUGACUUACACAAUUACAUAUGCAAAUAAUUUUGCAGUUGUCAAUUAUCUUGAACUAAAAUCUUUCUCUUUCGAUAAUCAACCACCGAGGUAACAACUUCUUGUAAUAUUCGCUAAUAAAUUGUUCAACCCAUUAUCUAUUCGAAUGUUUUUUUUCCUUCGUCGUUCGCUUCAAAUUAAUUAUUGUCAAAUUACCUACUUAGAUUCCUGGUGUGAUUAAAAUACAUCUUUUAUUAAAUAUAAAGAAUUGAUAAAUAUUAUUUUUGAACAUGACUAUUGUUGUGCUGCUAUCAUCUUUAAAAACGGCAUGGUGCGGCAAGUAAAAACAUUUGCUAUAAUUCGUAUUUACCUCAUUAUCAGGGAUUUCUUCCAUAUGACCUAGGCUCAAAUACUCUUCUAUAAAGCUUAUGUAUUUAUCCUUUAAAUACUGACUAGAUGCGAUGCGACGUUCAGUAGAAUAGAAACGAUUUAACGCGACAUUGAGGCUAUUGCCAAAAUCUAUAGCCUUUUCGGAUUUAAACGGUAAGUGAACCAUGUACCUACCAUCAGACAAACGAGAUAGAUUUCUUGCAAAUAUGUCUUCUGCAAGUUGAUCGUCAAUUGACAGAGUAUACUUAAAGUUGACUUCUUCUAGACGCCAAAAACGCUCGAGGUCAAACGAAGUUGAAAUGUUUAAUGAUAUGUGGAAUGAAUUGACACCUUCAGUGUUAAUGGUAUCUAUGUUUCCACAGACAACCCAGCCGAAAAUUGUUGGCGCAAGAUCAGGCAUUCCUUGCACCACGUUCUGCAGCACCAUUGAUUAUGCUGAAUAAUUUAUCAGCACCGAUGAGCACAUCAAUGUGACCAGGAAUAUUAAACUGCGGAUCAGCCAACGUAGGUAUACGAACCGAACGAUUGAGGUUUUAGAAAACGACGUCGGCAAUAAAGAAGUUAGUCCUGUGUAUAGCGAGAAUGAAGUUUGAGGCUAACGAUUCCAUUUGUAACACCUGCUGGUGUUGCUGCGAUACCUGUGAUGGGUAUUUGUGCUUUCUUGCGAACCAAUCCUAAUCUCUGAACCGUUUGCUCAGUUACGAAAGAAACUUCAGAUCACGAGUCUAGCAAUAGUCACAUUCAUGCUUGAACCUAAGUUGACCCGCAGCUAAUCCCCCGAAAUCGGUGGGUUAGGUUCCUGAACCGAGGUGACCCACGUUUGUACAACUGGCACUAAGCUACCUAUGAGCAAAGCGAGAUUGGCGAAGUUGUUGUGCUAAGAGAAUUCGGCGAUAUAGGAUUGGUCGAGGAAGUACCAGGAAAAGAAGACGAAGAGUUACACAUGAUCUGGAGAGAGCGUUUUCGGAGAUUGUGGGUGAACCAGUGAGUGAUGACGCGCGUGACAAGUUGGGCAACGAAAUUUGGAAUGGCAUUUCUGCGAAGAACAACCAGAACGAAGACAAUUAAAUCAUAUUGAAUUUUUGGUAUUUAGAGCCUUUGAAUUUUCUUUAACAAAAGAACGACGUGUAAUGGUGUCAAGCGAAAGAAAAUGUGGGUAUUGGUUCAAUGAAUGAUCUGCUUUGCACUUUGGACAACUUGUAGUAGUUUCCACGAAAUGAGACUGAACGAACUUUGGAUUCUGCACACGAGAUUGAGUAGUCGGACGGGAAAACAAUUGUGCAAAUGUCCCAUACACCACUCUGAAAUGUCCCAUCACCUCAAAGCAAAAAAAUGAAUUACCUCACACCUCACCACAAAAACUAAAAAAUAUCUCUUUACUCUUUCGUCUCCAGAAAAAAACUUAUUCGUAUUUCUCUCUGUCUCUUCUCAUGAUGAUGAGCAGAUGAGGAAUGAAAUUGAGUGUAUGAGGAAAAGGAAAAUCAUGAAUGUACCGCGCCACGAAAUGUGUGUACAUAAUGUAUGUGUAUGAAGAAAUGCAUGAAGAGUAAAGAGUACCAAUGUUUUAAAAUGAAAAAUAAAUAAAUGUAUGAGGUUUUGUGUUAUGGGACAUUCGAAGUAGGUACGUAUUUUGAGGGGAGAAAAUUAGAAGUAAUGAGGAGGAGGACGUGACGUUUGUUUUUUUUUUUUUAAAGAAAACGAGGAGGACAUACGACAAUGUACUAAAAUGAAACCAAUAAUAAAAAUAUGAAAAAGAGAAGAAUGAAAAGAAAGAAAGGAAAGAAAAGAAAGAAAAAAAAAAGAUAAGAAAGAAAAGAAAGAAAAAAAAGAAAAAGAAGAAUAAGAAAGAGUUGAAAAUUGAAUGAGGUUUGUUAUUGUUAUUUUUAAUUUUUUUUUUUUUUGUAAUCGAAAUUGUCCACUAAAAUUGGUUUGUCCCAUGGGACAUUUGAGGUGGGACAAUGUACCACCUCAUUUCGAAAAAUGAGUACCUCAUACAAACUCAUUUUAAAUUCGUGUCCUACCCAUCACUAUUUUCGAUCCGCUUGCGAAUGCAAGGUGAUCGUUGUGCCUUCGGGGACAAAUUCGAAGAAAAUAUAAAAGAUCAAAUUAUAGAAAAUUGCAAAUCUACCGCUUUACGUCGUGAGCUUCUCAAACGAGGAGAUCCAGUUUGGGUAAAAUUUUGCGGACAGCAAAAAUAUUUGAGACCGUAAGCGAGCAGGAGAAAUCGUUCCCUGGCGAACCAACACCAAAGGCCCAGGUUGAAGACGUUCACCAAAUUCAAACAAAACCGUGGGUAAACCAAAGUCAAUUGAACGAUACUAAAAAGCUUGAGUGCAAUCGGUGCGGUUACAAUGGUCAUUUCGCAAGUGAUCCCAAAUGUCCAGCAAAAGGGAAUUCUUGUGCAAAGUGUGGUGGGCGAGACCAUUUUGCCAAAAAGUGCCGAUCAACCAAACGGAUCCGUCAGAUUGACUAGAAGGACGAUCCAAAACAACCGAUUGCCAAGAAAAUGGCAAUGUCAAAAGAGCAGCACGAUGUAAUCGGGAAAACUGAAAAUACUGUGAAGCACAUUUCCUCUCAUGAAUAUGUUUUCAAUGUGACCACUGCAGAUGAUGGUAGUGAUAUAUUGUGUCAAAUUGGUGGGGUCAAAGUUCGUGGAAUUAUUGACUCGGGCUCAAAAUAUAAUUUGUUGAGCCAGACAAUUUGGGAAGAUUUAAAAUCAAAAGGUGUUGUAGUGGCAAACCAAAAAAGGAAACCGAGAAAGUGUUUAAGGCCUAUGGUCUAUGGAGGACACGAAUUGCCUCAGCUCGGUGUAUUUACGAGCGAUAUCAAAAUAAAAGACCAAACCAAAACAAGUGAUUUCUAUGUCAUUAAAGGUAACGGAAGUUUGCUAAUAGGACUAGAUACAGCCAAGGCCAUGGGUAUUCUUCAGAUUGGGAGUGAUGUUUGCAAAAUUGACUCUAUCAAGAAUGAGCGAUUGGGAACAAUCAAAGGUAUCGUUCUCGAUAUCCCAAUCAAAACCGAUGUGCAUCCAGUUGUCCAACCCCACCAUCGGAUUCCAGUUGCUUUAGAAAAAGCAGUAGACGAAAAGAUAACAAAUUUAUUGAGGCAAGGAGUUAUAGAAAAAGUUAAUCAACAAUCAAAAUGGGUUCAACCGGUUGUUGCUGUUCCGAAAGGGGAUGACAUCCGAAUAUGCAUCGACAUGCGUCGAGCAAACUGUGCUGUGGAGAGAGAAAACCAUCCACUUCCAACAAUCGAAGACUUCUUGCCACAGUUGGGCAACGCAACAGUUUUCAGUCGUUUGGACAUUGAGAACGCAUUUCAUCAGGUUGCACUAUCAGAAAAGUUACGAGAGAUUACGACAUUCAUCACACGCAAAGGCUUGUUUCGCUACACCCGACUGAUGUUUGGCAUUACGUGUGCUCCAGAACUUUUCCAAAAGCUAAUGGAGCAAAUUCUCAGUGGGUGUGAUGGAUGUUUUAACUUCAUCGAUGACAUUAUUGUUUUCGGUGUAGAUCAGAAGGAACAUGAUAGUCGUUUGGCAUUUGUACAAAAUGCUCUAAAGGUAAACGAAGUCACACUGAAUAAUGAAAAAUGUCUUUACGGGGUCCAUGAAAUACGAUUUCUUGGGCAUGUUCUGUCGGCAAAGGGAAUCACACCGGACGCAGAUAAGCUAGAGGCUAUUCGGAAUUGCAGAGAACCAGUGACGGGAGAGGAAGUCAGAAGCUUCCUUGGCCUUGUGAAUUAUAUUGGAAAAUUUAUUCCUAAUCUGGCAACUAUAUCUGGUCCUCUUCGAUUAUUAACUAAGAAGGAACAAAGAUUUUUCUAGGACGUUGAACAACUUGAUGCAAUUCUUAAGCUUAAAAUGUGCAUGUCAAACGAAUUGAUGUUAGGCUAUUUUGACGUGAAAGAUCGCACACAGUUGAUCGUCGACGCAAGUCCGAUUGGGUUGGGAGCGGUAUUAAUCCAGUUGAAAGAAAGCGAUCCCAGAGUUAUUUCAUAUGCAAGCAAAAGCCUUUCUGACAUUGAAAAACGAUAUGCACAAACCGAAAAAGAUCCUCUUGCAUUGGUUUGGGGAACUGAGCGGUUUCAUUAUUAUUUAUAUGGAAGAGAAUUCGAAUUGAUCACGGAUCAUAAGCCAUUGGAAAUUAUCUUCGGAAAUAAUUCACGGCCGUGUGCACGCAACGAACGAUGGGUAUUGCGAUUGCAAUCUUACAAAUAUAAAGUAAUCUAUCGACCUGGCAAAUCAAAUAUUGCUGACCCAAUUUCAAGGCUAGCGGUGAUGGAAAAAGAUCCUAGACAUACAUUUGACGACCAUGCUGAACACUAUGUAAAUUGGGUGGUAUCUCAAGCCGUUCCAGUUGCAUUGAAGUUGGAGGAAAUUAAAUGCCAAUCAGAGGUGGACGCUGUGAUACAAGCGGUAAAAAUAAGUUUGAAUCAAAAUCUAUGGGCGGAUGAGGCUGCGCCGUUCAAAGUUUUUGCUACAGAAUUGUGCUUUGCUGGUGAUAUUCUUGUUCGGGGAAACAGAAUCGUUAUGCCUGAAAGCUUGAGAAAACAAACUCUUGACCUGGCUCAUGAAGGCCAUCCAGGCAUGACACAAAUGAAACAACGUCUUCGUUCUAAAGUUUGGUGGCCAAAGAUAGAUGUACAAGUUGAUGCAUACGUUAAGAAUUGCCGUGGGUGCAUGUUGGUUGCAGCUCCGGCUCCACCUGAACCAAUGAAAAGAAGAGAAUUGCCUAGCGAACCAUGGCAGCAUGUUGCAAUAGAUUUUAUGGGACCACUGCCAUCUGGCCAUAAUUUGCUGGUGGUGGUCGAUUACUACAGUCGUUAUGUUGAAAUCGAGAUAAUGAAGAAAAUUGAUGCAGCUGAAACCAUAAAGCGAUUACAAGUCAUAUUUGCGAGAUUUGAACUGCCUAUAUCGAUCACGGCUGAUAAUGGACCCCAGUUUGACUGUGCGGAAAUGAAGGAUUUCUGUAAAGUACACAACUUCCACUUGAACAGUACAAUUCCAUACUGGCCGCAGCAGAACGGGGAAGUUGAGAGACAGAACCGAACUAUAUUGAAGCGUCUAAUUAUCAGCCAAAAUACAGGCAGAAAUUGGAUGGAGGAUUUAAACUAUUUUUUGCUAAUGUAUCGCGCUACUCCGCACUCAACAACAUUGAGAUCGCCUGCAGAAAUGUUGUUUGGUCACAACAUACGUGACAAGCUCCCGAACAUUCAGGCACCAAUGGAAAUCGACGAAGAAGUAGCUGACAGAGAUAAAGAGAUGAAAGAGAAAGGAAAGCAGUAUUCCGACAAGCGACGUCACGCCAAAGAAAGCGACAUUGAAGUAGGUGAUGAAGUGUUGGCAAAAUUAAUGUGUAGAGUAAAUAAACUCUCGCCUGUUUUUGAGCCCUCCACUUACAAAGUAAUUGAUAAGAAGGGUGGAGAUGUGUUGAUUGAAUCCCUUGAUUCGGGAAAAAAAUAUCGACGCAACAUCUCUCAUUUGCAGAAAAUCAACAGCAACAAUAGUGACGAAACGGAUUCUCAAUUUGAUGCAACAGAGGCGACUGCAGCCUCCGAUGUUGACAUUGAACCGAGACAAACAGGACGCAUAAUCAAAAAGCCAAUUCGAUACACUUGUUUCGUUGAAGACUUCACUGACUGAAUACUUUCAAUUGGAAUUAGGUUAUGUCUUGAUAUUUUCUGAAAAAAAAAAAAUAUAUUAAAAAAAAAAAAAAAAAAUAGUUUGUUUUGUUUUGAAAACAAGAAAGUGAUGUAGUAUCUAGCCAAAUAGCAUUCUAUGAUUAAUGUAAUUUUAUGCGAGUACCUGGCAACGCCGGCCGGUUAAUUACAUUCUACAUAUUAUAUGUUUGCAUCAACCACGGAAUCCAUGAACAGUGUUGCCACUUCCAAACAAAAUUUUCGCAGUAGAUCCAUAAAAAAAAUGCAGUAGAUUAAAAAAAUUCGCAGUAGAUUUUAUUUAACAAUCAAAAUGUUGAACUAACAGUCAGAAUACUUUUCUUAUUACAACCAGUUUUUUUCACAAAUCCAGGCUCUAUCUGUUGGACCAAAAGCACUUUAAUCAGUGUUAAUCUUGGUGUUUUGCAGAUUUUUAGAGCUGGUUUUGAGUUAAGAGCAGAUUUUGUACAUUUCAAUACUACUUAUUACAAAGGAAAUGGUUUCUUAUUUCCUUAAAACGCUUGGAAUUUGAUUUGAAGAAGUGCAGUAAAUUUGAUUAAGUGGCAGUAGAUUUAUUUUUUGCAAGAAAUGCAGUAGAUCUACUGCAAUUGCAGCAAAGUGGCAACACUGUCCAUGAAAUAAGAAAACACUUGAAUGUGAGAUACCGAGAAGGACGGACCGGCCACAUACUACAAGGAGUACCGCAGGGUUCUGUUUUGGGCCCACUUAUUUUCAUUAUAUAUAAAUGAUAUUAUGGAAAAUCUCUCAUCUUCAGGGCUGCUAUUUGCAAAUGAUCUGAAGCUGUACAGGACUAUUUCCUGUGUAAGAGACUGUAUUCUGCUUAAAAAAGAUCUAGAUGAGCUGUCACAAUGGUGUGAAUUAAAUUCUCUUCCAUUGAAUACAAAAAAAUGUAAAACGAUGUCUUUUUCCCGUCAAAGAGAUCCUAAAGUUUUUAACUAUAUAUUAGACGGUAUUGAAUUGUCCAGAGUAUAUGAACAAAAGGAUCUUGGAGUUGUGUUUGAUUCCAAACUUUUAUUUGAUAAACACUACAAUUUUAUAACAAACAAGGCCGCAAAAAACAUAGGUUUUAUUUUUCGAACAGGGAAAUUUUUUAAAAACCCACAAACAUUUAUAACGCUGUUUAAUUCACUGGUUCGAAGCACUCUUGAAUACGCAUCUUCUGUUUGGAACCCUAUUUAAAAACAUACUCCGAUCUCCGAUAAAAUUGAAAAAAAAAAACAAAAGAAAUUUACCAGAUAUUUAGAAUACAAAGUGUUAAGGCAACACUCGACUUAUAAUGAAAGGCUUAACCGGCUCAAAAUGAUUUCUUUGUUUCAACGCAGAUGCCUUUUAGAUGAACUAUUUUUAUAUAAAAUCAUGUGUGGGAAAAUAGAUUGUCGAUUUCUUUUGAGCAAAUUAAACAUUCACUGCCCAGUACGUUCAAGCCGCAAUAAUGCUACAACAUUUUCAAUCCCCUUUUACCGAACUAAUUUACUCCUUAAAUCACCAAUAACACUGGUCAACAAGGUUUUUGCCACAAGAACCAAAAUAUACUUUUCUAGUAGUUUUUAGGGUGCUAAAUCCAGUCUAAAGUCAGAAAAAUUUGAUUGGCCUUCGUUUUUGAAAUAUAACCGUUAGAAAAUGUCAAAAAACGUAAUUUUGGCUGUUUUCGAGGUUAUGUUUUUAUGUGGAGUAAUUCAUUAUGAAUAAAUUUGUAACGGUGCCUAUGAGAGCUAUUUUUAUUCUUUCAAAAAAUGUUUAAAUCUUUCCGAUAUCUCUUUUAUUGCCCGAGAUAUUUAAAAUUUAAGUAGAGGUCUUUGAAUCACAAACAACACUGGCCAACGAAAUUUAACUUUUUUUGCCACAAAAAUUAAAAUAUACUUUUCUGAAGAUUUUUGGGUUGCUGAACUCGAAUCUGCAAUCAGAAAAAUUCUAUUGGCCUUCGUUCUUGAAAUAUUACCGUUAUAAAAUGCAAAAAAGGUCUCUUUUAUAAAGGUUAUAUUUCAAGAACGGAGGCUAAUAGAAUUUUUCCGAUAGGGGAUUUGAGUUCAGCAACUCAAAAACCUUCAGAAAAGUAUAUUUUGGUUCUUGUGGCAAAAAUUUUGUGACCAGUGACUUAAACUUUAGAUUAAGUUUAGUUUCUCUUUGGCUUAUUAAAUGAAACUUAAGAUAUCUCGAGCAAUAAAAGAGAUAUCGGGAAAAUUUAAACAGUUUUUGAAAGAAGAAUAUCUGUUCUUAUAUUAACCGUUACAAAUUUGCUUAAAAUGAACUACCCCACAUAAAAACAGAACCUCGAAAACAGCCAAAAUGACGUUUUUUAGCAUUUUAUAACGGCAAUAUUUCAAAGACGGAGGCCAAUCAAAUUUUUCUGACUUCAGACUGGAUUUAGCACCCUAAAAACUACUAGAAAAGUAUAUUUUGGUUCCUGUGGCAAAAACCUUGUUGACCAGUGUUAUUGGUGAUUUAAGGAGUAAAUUAGUUCGGUAAAAGGGGAUUGAAAAUGUUCGGAAUCAGCACCUCAAAAACUACUAGAAAAGUAUAUUUUGGUUCUUGAGGCAAAAAAAAAGUUAAAUUUUGUUGACCAGGAAUAAACCCUAUGAAAUCUCUUGAAAUCUCUAGUUAUAACGAUUUUCCGAAAGGUGGCCGGAAACUGGAGACGGCCGAAAACAGGCAACUCUAACCAAUUCAUUUUUGUUUUUUCUGAAUUUUGUAAAACAAUUUUAAAAAGUAAGCAAUAAAGUCGGUUCACAGGAAUGAAGGCUAAAACAAUAAUUGAGGAUUGGCUGCAGCUGGAAGCUCGAAGGAUUAUUAUACAUAUAACGGAUUUCAUUUGAUGAAAUUUCAUGAAAUAUCCUGCCUUCGUAUUGUUGUCUUUUUUGAAUAUGUAAAAUAAUUUUACAAUAGAAAUUUUACACUACUCAAGCAAACUUGCAGUGACCUUUUCAACUGAUAAACAUUUUUUUCCUUUUCGGUUACAUUUUUUUUUUUUGCACCAAUAUUUCUAAAAUAGGAUACUUUUAGUAAAUAAAUUACACAAACGACAAUUUCAAAUCAUUACAUAAAAACAAUUCAAGGCAAAUAAAGCCUUGGUCUGCCAAAAUGAUACGAGUUUUGCUAAUUUUGUUAUUUCUAUCUACUUUGAAAUUUUUUCUCUCCUAAAAGCCCCACAGCAGCUCCAGUUGACAUCAAUUUUAGUUUUCAACCUAUCAGGUACUAACUAUGUAUCAAAAUAAAUUUUAAAAAAUUGAAAUUUGGCAUGAGCCCCCGCCUACUUACCUACUACACCUUAAAAGAAAAUUCAAAACGAAUUUGCUUCUAAAUCUAAUAUUUAGUCCUUAAAAAAAAAGACAUUAUUAAAAUUUGUAUAUUUUGAAAAUCGUUUCGCUAAGGCUUCAGCCCACCAAGUCCCUCCCCACCCCUGGCUACGUGCCUGCUGACAAUAUUACCGUGUUUGAAUACAUAGUUCACUAAACUGAACUCGUAUUAUAUAUUCUCAACUGUUACAAAAAAAGGAUAAAAUUGACUCAUCCCCUAGUAAUACUAACCUGACGUUUUUUAUCUAGUAAUUGGAAAGGGAAUAUUUUUUUUAAUGUAAGACACACCUUUUGACAACUUAUUUAUAAGAAAGGCAGAAGGAUUGGCUGCUUGAUAAAAACAGGAGAAUUGGUCUCCCUUUAAAAAAAGAAUAUAGUUUGCUUCAGUUGAGUAUUAGUCGCCUGUUAGUGGUAUUCGUCGGAAAAUCAAAUUAAAGCUUUCCUAUAAAUGAAACGACAAAACUAUUUGUACAGAAAUUUUAAUUCUUGUAAACCUUACCUAUUGCAUCACAAAUGUAUUUCAAUACAUAGAUGUUAACUUUUUUUAAAUUAAAAAAUAUAGUUAAAUAAAAACGCGUAUCUAAAUAUGUGAAAAAAUCAAUUUUAUAAAUUUUUGUGUGUCCCAAAACAAUCCGUGAAUUCAUCAUUUUUAAAAUUUGUGUAUGCCUCAAUAAUAUUUCAAUACCUACUUUUGAAAUUUUUGUAUGCCUUGCCUCAAUAAUAUUUCAAGUCUCAAAAUCAAGCCGAAAAUGUUAGGGGGAAAACGGGAGGACAGUCCUCCUUUUCAUUUUUUUGUCUCACUGUCCUCUUAAGCUUUUAAAUGUCCUCCUUUUUCAAAAUGAAUACAUUAUAUUCAUUAAGAUUUAUCUAUAAUGACAUUUAUAAUAAAAUUUGUUUUAUUGUUUGUUUUGAUUCUCUUUCUCAUUGUUAAAUUAAAUUGUGUAUUGCUGAUGAUGAGGCGAAGUUGUACUGGAAAUGCAUUAGAAUUAAAUAAAAUAAAAUUUGACGAAGCAGAUUACUUUUUUUUUAAUUUUAUUUUUGUAAACUAUUGUGAUCUCUUGCAGUUUAAAUAGUUUUUUUUUUUUAAUAUUACGCGAUCACAAGCUAAAAAUUUUGUUAAUUUCCUAACUUUGCUUGAUUUUCGCCAAAUAAUUAUAUAGAUGAAAACUCCAGAUAAUUAUCCGGAGAUUACUUUUGUCUCGAUAGAAAAUAGUAGUACUAGUACUAUAAUUGUUGUGUUAUCGAUAAAAUUUAUUCAGAAAUAUCAAAAGGGAAGGAACUGUUUUAACAUAAACCUCUGGAUUGCCGAUGUAUGCCCACCAGUAAAGGGCAUGGUCCACUACCUUUAAAUUGGUGUAUUUUGUGGAUUUUUAUAGAUUAGGUACCGUUAAAAUUUUCUCAAAACACUUAGCAAAAAAAAAAAAAGGAAAAUUCGUUUGGCAUAUAGAAAGGGGUGACGUGAAAUAACGCCCUACGAAAUAAGGCCGCAUCGGCCCUUAUUUCCAUUUGUAAUGGAAAUAAGGCCCUGACAAUGCUUGCGGCCUUAUUUCCAUUUCAACAACGAAAUUAGGCCCGUCGGGCCUUAUUUCGUUUUUUCUACUUGGAAGUAGAAAACAAGAACAUCUGAACUUCCAAACUUCAUUCUUUAAAAAAAAAUUUAAUUGUUAUUUGAAGUUCAGAGGGUAUAAACGUCAGAUGAAUAAGCGGGGAUGCAGCCCCCUACAACGCCUUUCCCCCUUCCUAGGGCAUAUUAUAGGAUUUGGGUGGAGGCUAGGUUGAGUGAAUUCAAUAUUUCUUUUAGUUUCCUAGAAACUUUAAAAUUUUGAAGAAAAUAUGCUCACACCCAACCCAACACCCACCUUGAAUCGGUGCAGGGAACUAACUUAAAAAUUUUAUCUGUUGUGCUUAAUAAUUCUACUUCUCCGUUAUAUUCCAUCAUUUAUGGUGGGAAAUAAGUUUAUCCAAAUGUGUGUCAAAAUAUUUCUCCCUUCAACUUGAAGAACAAAAAUACAUUUAGGAAAUUCAAAAUAAAUAAAAUUGAGUUAUAUACUUACUCGUAGUAACAUAAGUAGAUUCAAUUUAAUUCCAA